AUGGCUGCUACUAGUAACGGAACUCUGACUCCCCCUUCAAGUCCUAAUCGUAACACAAUGACUGAUUCAAACUCUUACGCGGAUGGAAGUGCUGCAAGCGAACGACAACCAUUAUUAGGCAGCUCUAUACCUGUGGAAGAUGAAGGCCUAGCAGCUGAUGAUACUGAUAUCGAUUUAAAAGAUGGGAAAUUCUUCUCGCACAUUGCAGUCGAAAUGGGGUGGUUGGUAAAACUGGGUCUUCCAGUAACCUUUUCGUAUCUUUUGAACCAGUCUCUUGGAAUUGUUGGUUUUGUUAUGUUGGGUCAUUUGGGAACUCAGGAGAUGGCAGCAGGUUCAUUGUCUUUUGUAUAUUGUAAUGUCACUGGCUACAGCUGGGGUGUUGGUAUGUCUACGGGACUAGAUGCGCUGUGUCCGCAAGCUUUCACUGGAAGUGAUGAUCCUGUAGCAUUCUCUGGCCUAUCACGAUCUCAAUACAUAAUCUAUGGAAUCGCCUCACCGCUAAACCUUCUCCUUCAAUGGCUACUUGUCUUCAAAUUCAACUUUGGAUUCAUAGGAUCUCCCAUGGCAACAUGUGCAUCAUACUCUCUCCUUGCAGUUUGGUCGAUACUUUACAUUGCAUGUAUAGAAGGAUCAGGCUGUUGGGGUGGUUGGCAAUGGAAGGAAGCUCUCAACUAUAAGCUCUUGAAACAACAAGCGUAUUAUGGAUUUGGUGGUCUCGUGCAGAUAGUUUCUGAAUGGUGGUGCUUUGAAGUUGUCGCUCUUGUUGCUGGUUUGUUUGGAGAGGUGUCUCUUGCUACACAGUCGAUAUUGAUGAAUACUGCAGGAUUACUGUUUAUGAUUCCCAUGGGACUCGGUGCAGGUACCAUAGUGCGAGUUGGGAACUGUCUCGGUACAGGCAAACAACCUGUUCGUUCCAAAAUUGCUGCAUAUGCCUCGCUACUAGCCGCCGCAUUCUUUGGAUUCAUGAAUUGUACAUUCUGCCUUGCGGUGAGGCAUCAGUGGGCUUAUGUUUUCAACAAUGAUGAGCAAGUUGCCUCGAUGACGGCCUUGAUUCUGCCAUGUGUAGCAAUCUUCCAAGUUAGUGAUGGGUUGAAUGCGAUCUCUGUCUCCUUACUGAGAGCAAUAGGUAGGCCAUUGAUCUCGGCUUUUGCUAAUGUCGUUGGGUAUUACCUGAUUGGUAUUCCUGUGGGGAUUGGAUUCGCAUUUGGUCUUGGAUGGGGCUUGCUUGGAAUGUGGAUCGGUCUUGCUGUUGGGCUGAUGAGUGUGUCACUAUUUCUCGUGCCAUUCAUACUAAUAGGUACAGAUUAUGAGAAACAGAGUAAGCUCGCUGUGGAAAGGAUUGCAAGUCACAACGACGAGCCUGUAGCAUAG